GAAACGAUACUUUCUAUUAUUUGCUAACGUCAUUUAUUACCAAAAUGAACCGAAUGCCAUAUCUCGCCUUUUGAAAAGCGAUUCCUUCUGCGGGAAUGUCUCGCGAGACAGCCAAAGGGAGACAACUCCUUAUUUAUCUCGCUGACCUAGAUAGAAGCCAGCGAGAACCGGGUUGUUGAUAGUGAGAUACACUUGAGACAUUCGACCCGUCGAUACUGGUGUUUGUUUAUUUGACUGCGAAUGUGAAAUACCGUUUCCGAAAAAGCGAUAUCAGGAAAUGGCGAUGGACCGACAGUAUUCCAAGGCGUUCUUCCAUUCUUUCAUUGAUGCCAUGCAGAAGCUGUGUCGCCAGUAUCUUGUUUUUGACCAGGCUGUUGAGCUGUGCGGCUACUUAUCGCUUGAAAUCGACAACAGCAAGAAGGAGAGAUACGUUCUCAGUGAACUGGUCCAGAACUCGGGGGAUGUCAUCAGCGAGAGCUACUGCACCAAGGCAUUCAGAACAGUCAGGAGAAAUAGCAGGAGUCCACAGAGGGCGGAAGACAGCGGUCCUCCAUGGAAGGCGAGGAUUAUACACGAGGACAAUGGGCAAAUGUCUAGGGACUCGGGUAAACCGAUCCAGCGGGACAGAAGCCAACCUGGACCUGUGUUUCAGACCGGAGGAUCAUUUAACAGACUAGGUGACCACAAUACAAGCUCGAAUAACCCCUUUCCUUCUAAAACCAACCAGUCCGUAUCAGGAUCUAGAGUAACGAACUAUAAUCAAAGAUACAGCCCAGUAGAAUCGGUGUCAGUUGUACAAAGACGCCACAAACAUCCUCAUCCUCAAGCAGCUCCUGAAGCUGUCCCCGUCCAAAUGUUUACUUCCAAAUUUGUACGUGAUGGACCAUCUGGUCCACAUGGUCCAUGGCAACAGGUGAUUCCCUCAAUAACAGAUUGUGAGGGGAUGGAUCACUGUGAUGGAUCUGGUGAUGGUUCAAGAGCUGGGAAGAGGAGGGCCACGCCUGAGAGUCAUAUGCAGACAGGGAGCAAGAAAGUUAAGGAGUCACCAGGGUCUUCUAAUGCAAGCACCAACGCCUCCUUCCCUGUCUCUACGUUAUCCAGCUCCUCAACACAUUCCCGACUCCCCUCCUCACAAUCCGGCCCCUGUGACAAGUCUUCCAUCGUCACGGAAGACAUGCCAAUCAUUGUGAAGGAAGAAGGCGUUCCCUUCCUUAUAAUCAACCCCCAAGACGAGGACCUCGAAACAAACGGAGAAGGAGACUCAGAAGUCGAGAGACUUAUCCAGGAAGGAGGGGUAGAUAACUCUUGUCUUCUGGACGGAGAUGCCGUGGGGCAGUUGCUAGAGGCAUCAUUGACUGAGGACAUGAACAAACACACUUCAAGGAAAACCCGGGGACACGUCAAACUAUUUCAGGAGUAUUUAGUAUCUCAAGGAAUUACCAUUCCGAUGCACGACUUGCCACCAGCAGACCUGGACAGUGUUCUAGGAACAUUUUUCUGGGACAUCCGAAAGGACAACGGUGAGGAGUAUGAGCCUUCUUACUUGAAGAACAUGCAGUCCAGCCUCGAGAGACAUCUCAAGUUCUGCGGCUACAGCUUCUGCAUCACCCGGGACAAGAUAUUCGAGAACAGCAGGACCAAACUAAAGGACAAACAGUCCUGGCUCAUCCAGCAGGGUAAAGGAAUGCUGCCCAAUAAGACCGUAUUCCUCUCCGAGCAGGACAUAGACGUGUUGUUCCGCAUCCAGAGACUGGGAGAUUAUAAUCCUGAUGUUCUGUUGAAUACGAUCUGGUUGAUGGUCAAUAUCAAUUUUGGGAAUGUUGUGAAGAAUGUUCGAGAACACGGUGAUCUGUUGUGGAGGGAUAUAGAACUGCAGGUGGAUACUUCCGGUAGGGAAUGUGUCAUGUUGAACAAGUCCCCCUUUCCUGUGGUACAUGUGGACAACACGGUGCCUUCUAACCGGUGUUUGGUAAGGCUUUACAAGACCUUCAGAGACAGCAGGGGCAGAUAUGUUGAAGGUACUUGCCCGUUUUACCUCUGUCCCAACCCAACGACGAUGGCGGAAUGGUUCAAACCGUCCCCUGCUGGGGUAAACCGGCUGAACAAUAUGGUUCGAAGGAUCGUCGAGGGUUCUGGACUUCCACUGGAAAAGAAGUACACCAAUUCCAGUAUACAGAUGUUGAUCAGAGGGCCAUUGAGAACUCUCGCUGACUAGAUAUUGUCUAGAUCCAAAGAGAGGAAGUGAGUAUGGUUUUACGCCGCUUUUAGCAAUAGUCUGCUAUAUCACGGCAGAGGGCACCAUCAGUUGGCUUUGAAGAGUUAUUGCCUUUGCGUUAGAACAACGCCACGUCCUUACAAUGACAGUUUAUUUAUUUAAGAAUAUUUAUAGCUUGAAAGCUAAGAAACAACAUGGUCGACAGGGCGACCUCCUACGUUUGAUUCCUCACUUGGGUUCAGUGUGGGAUGUUAAUUGGUGGAUCUGAUUGGCUGGAAUAUUGCUAUAAGCGACGUGAAACAACAUCAUUGCCUUAAACAAAUUUGAUGAACGUAUUAUGUCUACAAGGGUUGCGAGAUAUUUGGUUCCAGUAACAGCGGCACCGAAAUGCUUUAAUAGUGGCCAAGAUAUUCUUCAGACAGUACAAACCAACUUUACCGUACAUUUUGAAAUUCAUUGUUUAGACGUUUAUACAUGUCUUUCGGGGAAAUAGUGUGAUCGUUGCUCAUUAUACAAUUUGUUUUGAAUACCAUUCUCUGCCGAGAUUCUGCAGAGUAGUUUUUAUUUAUAUGUUUUAUUCAUUUCCUGCAUAAUUUGUGCCACGGGUAGUGCUUUUUCAGUGUCUUGUUAUUAAUUGUUGCAAUGCAUUGACAUAAUUACGAUAUAGAUCUUUUGGCAGUGAAGUGAAACCCUGUCACAUUCCAUUCACGAAACAAAAUACCGCAGCAAUAACAGCAGUUUCUAUAAUGUUCAUGAAUAAAGGACACAUUGCUCUUUCCUAUGUAA